AUGGCCGCCGCGCUCGACGUCGACGAUCUAAUCUGCCGCGUGCUGAACGUGGGCACGCCGGGCUGCGCGCUGACGCAGAACGUCAAGGAGAUCGAGCUCGUCCAGCUGUGCAUUUUGGCAAGAGAAGUCCUCCUUGCCCAGGGCUCACUCGUCGAAAUCGAGCCGAACGUCAAGAUCUGCGGCGACGUUCACGGGCAGUACUCGGACGUGCUGCGCAUCUUCGACAAGGGCGGCUUCCCGCCGACCGCCAACUACCUAUUCCUUGGCGAUUAUGUCGAUCGGGGGCAUCAGAGCCUGGAGACGAUCAUCCUCUUCUUUUGCUAUAAGGUGCGCUUCCCGGGCAACUUUUUCAUCCUGCGCGGCAACCACGAAUGCGCGAGCAUCAACCGCGUCUACGGCUUCUACGAGGAGUGCACCCGACGGUACCCCGCCCAUGGACUCCGGCUUUGGCAGGCUUUCCAGAUUCGGCAGAUCCAGCGCCCUGUCGAACCGGCCAACCCGUCACUGCUCUGCGAUCUGCUGUGGGCCGACCCCGACCCGUUCGCCAAGGGUUUCAAGGCGAGCCAACGAGGCGUGUCCUUCGUGUUCGGGCCGGAUGUGAUGGGGGAGAUGCUGCAGGCGCUCGACAUUGACCUCGUCGCCCGGGCCCACCAGGUCGUCCAGGACGGCUACGAGUUUUUCGCCAACCGCAAGCUGGUGACCCUGUUUGCGUCGCCGCAUUACUGCGGCCAGUUCGACAACGCGGCGGCGAUCAUGAACGUCGACGAGAAGCUCGUCUGCUCUUUUCAAGUGCUGACCCCGUCGUACAAAGUGGUGAAGGAUCGGCAACGGAAGUGCACA